UGGGAAAGUUUUGCAGCUCUGAUCCGAGUUUCAUUGUCUUUUUUGGACCGCAUCAAGCUAGCCCUGCCGCAGCCUGAGAGAGGAACUGUCGACAGAAGUCUGCUGAAACCAGAACCCAUCCAGAACUUUGUUGGUUGAUAGCUAGUCUAACAUCCGGGUGUUGAAGUCCGCUCCUGGUUUGCCUACGAAACCCUGAUUUUUCGUCUGUUUCUCCGCAGAUUUCCGUCUAUUAGCUGCUCUGUUGGCGGUUCCGGAUCGCGUAGAGAUAAAAUCCUUUGCGCCGAACUUUCCCGAACAUUUCCCCGAAUGAAAAUACCCGCACUCCGCCGGUUCUGUGUUCCGUUAGGCUCCUCCCGCGGAGUCUCGAACUAAAACGACCGUUUUUGGAACAAAGUUCGGUUCCAGUCGAGCUGAACGGUCUGAUCCAUCCAGGAACCGGAUCGAUCAGAGUUUUACGUUCUGAUAAAAGUUAUUGAUCAUCGACGAGGACGGAGGCUGGCAGUGUGUGUGUGUGCGCGCGUGCGCGCUGCCAAAAACGGCUCUUUGCGGAAGUGGUGCCCGCGCGGACACAUCCGCUGCGCGCGAGGACGUCUCUCUCUGUCUCUCUGUCUGUGACUCAGAACCUCUGCAGGGUUGGACGCACGUCUGACCCCAGAGGGAUGACGGGGCUUCAGGGGUGAAGACGGUGCCAUCUGACCUGAGCAGAGGUCAGAGGUCAGACACAGGAGGGGGGAGGAUGUCGAUGGAGGUGGACCUGCUGCUGCAGGAGGCCAAGGAGAGCAUCGAAGCGGCCCAGAACUACCGCAGCGAGCUCCAGCAGCGCCUGCAUGGCCUGAACCAGGCCCGCAAACAGGUGCGGGGCAGCUCGGGUCAGGCCCGGGACGCCCUCCGGAGGCACUUCGCUGAGCUGCAGGCGGCGGCGACGCGGCUGCUGGCGGAGCGGCUCGGCGCCCUGCUGGAUGAGGUGAACGCCAUCGAGGCGGACAGCAUCAAGCCCCUGGACGACUGCCAGAGCCUCAUCGAGCACGGCGUGGGCCAGGCCGACGAGCUGCUCCGAGAAGGGGAGGCGGCUCUGCGCACCGGCCUGGACGAGAAAGAGGACAAGCUGGGCAGCUUCACCAAGAAGGCCAUGCACAUCCAGCUGGACAGCCUGCCCGAGGUCCCGGCGCUGGUGGACGUGCCGUGUGUUUCCGCCCAGCUGGACGACUCCCUGCUGAACCUCCUGAAGGAGCGGGUGACCCGCCACGGCGCCGUCUCCUCCCACCCCCCUGUCCAGAUCGAGGAGCUGCAGGAGAGGCCGGGCGGCAUCCUGGUGCGCUGGUGUAAGGUGGACGAGGACUUCGCAGCGGCGGAGUUCCGGCUGCAGUACCGGCGCUCAGGCGGGGGCGGGGGCCAAUACGAGGAGGCCUUCAGCGGUCGGGACUCUGAGUUCCUGGUGCUCCAGCUGGACCCCCACACGGACUACCUGUUCCGGGUCUGCGCCCGCGGGGAGGGCCGUACCGAGUGGAGCCCCUGGAGCAUCCCGCAGACCGGCUACACCACGCUGGCGCCGCACGAGUGGCGUUCAGGGACAGACGGUUACAUCCUGAGCAGCAGGAAGAACAUCGCUCUGCGCAACGACUCCGCCCACAGCCGCUGCCCCGUCCUCUACUCCAGCGCCCCCACCUACUACUGCGGACAGACACUCUCCUUCAGGAUCAUGACGGCGGGCCAGGUGGACGGGCGGGACAGUGUGGGCGUGUCCAUCGACAGUAAGGAGGAGGAGUCGUUCCAGAGGGAGGGGGCCGUCUGCAUCUCCACCAACGGGGCGGUUUUUGUGAACGGCAAAGAGAUGACCAACCAGCUGCCCGCCAUCACCGUGGGCUCCGCCGUCACCUUCGACAUGGAGGUGGUGUCCCUGCUCCCCCUCAGCAACAACAACCUGAGCGACGGGGGCAACUUCAAGCUGAGGGUCACCAUCGGCUCGGGGAACCGCGAGGUGGUCUUCGACUGGCUGGUGGACCAGCCCACGGACUGCUUCUUCUUCGGCUGCUCCUUCGUCCACUCCGGAUGGAAGGUUCUGGUGUUUUAGUGGACCCUCCGUUUCCGCGGAUCAUCUGUGUUCCCCGCCUGGAUUUGUUCUUGUGAGGUCGCCCGACCUUUGGUUCCGAAGAAAGCCGACCUCCUCUGCGUACAGCGGCAGGUUCUGCUGCUCCGGACCUCCUGAGCCACAAACAGCCCCGAGAUGAAACUGUGAAGAUCCGGAUGAGUUCUGAUGAGCCCCGUUCUGGGAGGGAGGAGUCCGACCUCAGCCGUUCUCCGACGAGGAAGCUGGACUCAGCAGAAUCUACAAAUCACUUUACCUCAAAGAAAGACACAAACACCUGAAUGAUAUGCAGCCUAAAGGGUCCAAGAAAACAUUUCCUCUUCAAAAGAAACGUUGAUUUUCCUCUUGAACAUUAAUCCAGGUUUGUUACGAUCAGAUGAACGGCUUCCUCUCAUUUCCUGUGUGGAACUUCAGCUCCAGCCUGCAGCUGGGCGAACCACUGGUGCACAGCGGUGAAGUUCAACCUUUUUUUUUACUCCGACCCAUAAAGUUUGUGCUGCAGAGAAAUACCUUUCCUCUCCUUUGUACGUCAGUGUCUGUAGUCCUGCUGCGUCUGGAGAGAACUUAGUCCUUUAGGGUCGGAUCUGAAGAACUUCAUCAAACGGAUCCAAUCUGAGGUUCUGCAGCGACAAUCCUGAACGUCACGGAUCAGCUGGGAGAAGCAGAAAAGGAAUCAGUCAGUGAAGUGAUUUUCUUGACCCCCCCCAUCAUCCUCCACAGUUGAAAUAAACGUGCUUUUUCCAUUUUUAAUGAAAGUAUUUGACCCCCCGAGUCCUGAAAAAGUGUCUAAAGGGUCAUGUGUCAUGUAAGGUCCGCUCUCAUUGAAAGGGUGAUGAAGAGCAUCUGAGUGGCGACCUGAGCCCCCCGAACAUCUGCUGUCCUCCAACCUCACCUCUGAGCAGGACAGACUGAAACCGGUUCCUCUGAUGGUACAAAUGUUCUGGAUCCAGGAGACCGGACCGCUCCAGAGCUGGGGAUUCAGCCAGCACACUGAUGAGUGUUACUGUCACCAACAUGUUGUUCAAUAAAGUUUUUCUGAUCUGUGA